AUGGAUGAGCUCGUGUUCCUGAGGAUCUUCAUCCUGGUCGCGGUCGGCGUAGACGCUGUCCCCCAGGAGCGACUCAUUCUCAGCGCCCUGGGCCUCGCCGAGCGGCCGGCCACCGCCGAGGGCAUCUCCGGGCAAAGAUCACGGGGGAAAGAGAUUCCACCGGCCCUCUUGAAGAGGUUCCGGAAGACGGAGAGCGAUCAGACCAACGAGGGCGAGCCGUGCACGAUUGCGGAGUACGGCGUCCGGGGAAACAUUAUCAGAUACGUGCAGGAUCAAGGUGGUGUAGUUCUGGGUUCUGGCGUGGCGUGCCCAGGCUGUUUGGAACAGCAUCUCUUUUUCAAUCUAGCAGUCCUGGAGUCAUUGGAAGUCUUAUCUCUGGCUCAGCUGCACAUCAACUUCAUCUGGAGAUUUUGGCCUAAGGGCCCUGGGAGGGCAGCGACCUUCCUACGAAGCAGUCCCACCUUCAGUGCUAUUCUGUACAAAGUAGUCCGGCCCACAUUGAAAGGUGCCGACCCUCGGGCCAACCGCCGCCUUCUCCUGUCCCAGUCGGUCAGGCCGGGCCCGGGAGAUGCGUCCGUCACCUUGGAUAUCACCUCGCUGGCCGAGUCCUGGCGCCAAUCGACCCGCAAUUAUGGUUUGAUUCUGGAACUGCGGCCUAUGGACGCCGACCCGGACCGGUCGUGCGCGCUGCCAUCUGCGCGGGCCUCCCUGGUGGCAGUCUCGCUUCACCCGCAACAGUGCCGUUCCCGGCAGCGGAGGAGUACUGCCCACGUCAUGCCCCCGAUGUCGCCCAGCAACAUCUGCAAGGCCCGCCGCCUCUACGUGGACUUCAAAGACGUUGGCUGGCAGGACUGGAUCAUUGCACCUCAAGGCUACAUGGCAAACUACUGCCACGGCGAGUGCCCCUUUCCACUCAGCGACAGCUUGAACAGCACCAACCACGCCAUCUUGCAGACUCUGGUCCACUCGCUGGACCCGGGGACCACCCCUCAGCCCUGCUGCGUACCUGUCCGCUUCUCGCCCAUCUCCAUGCUCUAUUACGACAACAAUGACAACGUCGUGCUACGACACUACCAGGACAUGGUGGUGGACGAGUGCGGCUGCAGAUGA